UGAUAUCUGUCCUGUCUACAUGAGCUCUUCUACCCACAGCUGAACCAAGUCUGGCCACAGUAACUGUGCGUCUCUAAUGCGCCUCUCUGCUAUCCACAGAAUGGACGCGCUGCGCUUUGGACUCACGCUUGUUCGACACGGAGAAACAAAGUACAACAAAGAAGGAUUGUUACAAGGCCAGGCAAUCGACUCCUGCCUGUCGGAGACGGGUCUGCAGCAGGCGGAGGCUGCUGGGUUCUACCUGAGAGAUGUGACCUUCAGCCAUGUGUUCGUUAGCGAUAUGCUACGGGCUCGACAGACCGCUGAAAAGAUCAUGCAGCAAAACCGUAGUUGUCUGGGUCUACGAAUGGUGUGUGACCCUUUGCUUAAAGAAAAAAGUUUUGGAAUUGCUGAGGGCGGACGGGUGGAGGACUUUAAAGAAAUGGCCAGAGCAGCCGGGGAGUCCUUCCCAGACUUCACCCCUCCAGAGGGGGAGACUCAGCAGCAGGUGAAGGAGCGGGUCCAAAAGUUCAUGGAGAAAAUGGUAUACCAGAUUGGCACCGAACACUGGCCUGAUGGAGGGCAAAAUGCCGCCUCCGCAGCUGCCUCGCCAGAGUCAUCUUCUGCUGCGGGGGAAGCUGAUGAUGGAGUCAGGAGCAUACCUAUCCAUGCUUUAGUUGUCACCCAUGGAGCUUACAUGCGUGUGGCGGUCCGUUACUUUGUCGAGGAGAUGUUCUGCAGCUUACCUCCAAGUUGUAACCAGCAGCUUAUGUUCUCUUUGAGCCCUAACACUGGGAUCUGCAGGUUCACACUCAGCAUUACAAAGGAGGGCAGCAGGUUUAUAGUUUUGGGAAUGCAGUGUUUUUUUAUUCACAGGACUGACCAUAUUAAGCAGUAGGAGAAAGAAAACAGGGGGAAACAAAAUUACAACUCAAUCAUCCAAUUCUAAUAUCAGUCAAAAAUAGCCAAAGGGAAAUAUAAAGAGCAUUGAUUAAUUCAUCCAAACAAACCUGGUUUUAUGUGGGAAUAAAAAACAAUGACUGUGGUUUGGGUCCAUUUUGUUUAUCUGUUUCCUUGUAGCCUUUUCCUGAUAAACAUAAACACGUACAACACUAUUUCCAAAUGUAGUUUUGGACAAACAAUUCACAGAU